AUGGACGCCUCCACUCACCCGCCCAGCCCCCUCAACCCCAAGAGGUCUUGCAACCCGCCAAGACCCCUCCCCGCUCCCGCCAAUCUUGCACCAAUCAGGCAUCAGGGCCUCCACUCACCCACUCACCCCCCCCCACUCAAUCCCAGGAGGUCUUGCAGCAUCAAGCCCAUACCCCUCCCCACUCUUCGCCAAUCUUGCACCAAUGAGGCAUGGACGCCUCCACUCACCCGCCCAGCCCCCUCAACCCCAAGGUCUUGCAGCAACCUGCCAAGACCCCUCCCCCCUCCCGCCAAUCUUGCAGCAAUGAGGCAUCAGUGUCUCCAUUCACCAGCCCAGCCUCCCCCCGACAGCCCCAGGAGGUUUUACAGCAACAGGCCCAGACUCUGCCACCACCACCACCCCCCCCCCACCCCGCCAAUAUUGCACCAAUUAGGCAUCAAGGCCUCCACUCAUCCGCCCUCCCCCCAGCCCCAGAUCUUGCAGCAAAAAGCCCGGACCCCUCCCCGCUACUGCCAGUCUUGCACCAACCAGUCCUCGACACCUUACUCCCAGGUCUUACAGGCUCAGACCCCUUCCCCCUUCCACACCCAGCCAGGCUUGCACCAUUCAAGCCUCAAAACCUACACUCACCCGCGCCUCCAGCCCCUCCUGUCCCCAGGUCUUACACCAACUGGGCCUCAAAAUCUCCCUUACACCCCACUCGCCGCCGCUAGCAGAUCAGGCAUUGACCCUCCCCACACACACACUCCUACCCACCCUCCAUUUGCCCCCAUUUCUACCCCCUGCUCUGACCUCAGCCUGCCUUCCCUGAUCAGGCAUCGAAUGCCCCGAUGCCCUAGCCAGCACGCCACCUCCCCCACCACCACACCCCAGUCUCACCCAGCCAACCAUUCUCAGGCCUAG